GUGCGGCAGUUUAAAACCGAGACACCCAGACAGCUAAAUGGAGUCUGAGCAACUGUUUCAUAGAGGCUCCUACAGAAACAGCUAUAACAGCAUCACGAGCGCGAGCAGCGACGAGGAGCUCUUGGACGGGGCGGGUGUCAUUAUGGACUUCCAGACGUCUGAAGAUGACAGUCUGCUAGACGGGGACGCGGCAGCCGGGACUCAUUACACCAUGACCAACGGAGGCAGCAUCAGCAGCUCCACACACUUGCUGGACCUCCUGGAUGAGCCGAUCCCGGGCGUCGGCACGUACGAUGACUUCCACACCAUCGACUGGGUGCGCGAGAAGUGUAAGGACAGAGAGAGGCACAGACGGAUCAACAGCAAGAAGAAAGAGUCAGCAUGGGAGAUGACGAAGAGCUUGUGUGACGCGUGGUCAGGGUGGCUCGUGGUGACACUAACAGGACUGGCAUCAGGGGCGCUGGCUGGGCUGAUAGACAUCGCUGCUGACUGGAUGACCGACCUCAAGGAGGGCGUGUGCCUCAGUGCUCUGUGGUACAACCACGAGCAGUGCUGCUGGGGGUCCAACGAGACAACAUUCGAGGAGAGGGACAAGUGUCCCCAGUGGACGACAUGGGCUGAGCUGAUCAUCGGUCAGGCGGAGGGUCCUGGUUCGUACAUCAUGAACUACAUAAUGUACAUUUUCUGGGCCUUGAGUUUCGCCUUCCUCGCCGUCUCCCUGGUAAAAGUGUUUGCUCCGUAUGCCUGUGGCUCUGGGAUUCCAGAGAUUAAAACUAUUCUGAGUGGAUUCAUCAUCAGAGGUUACUUGGGAAAAUGGACUUUAAUGAUUAAAACCAUCACGUUAGUACUAGCUGUGGCCUCGGGUUUGAGUUUAGGAAAAGAAGGACCCCUGGUGCACGUUGCCUGUUGCUGCGGAAAUAUCUUUUCCUACCUCUUUCCGAAGUACAGCACAAAUGAAGCUAAGAAAAGGGAGGUGCUGUCCGCUGCCUCGGCUGCAGGUGUUUCUGUAGCUUUCGGUGCACCGAUCGGAGGAGUCCUUUUCAGCCUGGAGGAGGUUAGCUAUUACUUUCCUCUGAAGACUUUAUGGAGGUCAUUUUUUGCUGCUUUGGUGGCUGCAUUUGUUUUGAGGUCCAUCAAUCCAUUUGGUAACAGCCGCCUGGUCCUCUUUUACGUGGAGUACCACACGCCCUGGUACCUUUUUGAACUGUUUCCUUUUAUCCUCCUCGGGGUGUUUGGAGGGCUGUGGGGAGCCUUUUUCAUUCGGGCAAACAUUGCCUGGUGUCGGCGGCGCAAGUCUACCAGAUUUGGGAAGUACCCUGUUCUGGAAGUUAUCGUGGUCGCGGCCAUCACCGCCGUGAUAGCCUUCCCCAACCCAUACACCCGGCUCAACACCAGUGAGCUCAUCAAGGAGCUCUUCACGGACUGCGGGCCCCUGGAGUCCUCCUCUCUCUGUGACUACAGAAACGACAUGAACGCCAGUAAAAUCGUCGAUGACAUUCCAGACCGGCCCGCCGGCCUCGGAGUGUAUUCAGCCAUAUGGCAGUUAGGGCUGGCGCUCGUAUUCAAGAUCAUAAUGACGGUGUUCACCUUCGGGAUCAAGGUGCCGUCAGGCCUAUUCAUCCCCAGCAUGGCCGUCGGCGCCAUUGCCGGCCGCAUCGUGGGCAUCGCAGUGGAGCAGCUGGCCUACUACCACCACGACUGGUUCAUCUUCCAGGAGUGGUGCGAGGUUGGGGCCGACUGCAUCACCCCCGGCCUGUACGCCAUGGUGGGCGCCGCCGCGUGCUUAGGCGGCGUGACCAGGAUGACGGUCUCCCUGGUGGUGAUUGUCUUCGAGCUCACCGGAGGCUUGGAGUACAUCGUCCCCCUUAUGGCCGCAGUGAUGACCAGUAAAUGGGUUGGAGAUGCCUUUGGGAGGGAAGGCAUUUAUGAAGCUCACAUCCGACUAAACGGAUACCCUUUCCUGGAUGCGAAGGAAGAGUUCACACACACCACGCUGGCCGCUGACGUCAUGAGACCGCGAAGGAGCGACCCUCCCCUGGCUGUCCUGACACAGGACAACAUGACGGUGGAUGACAUAGAAAACCUGAUCAAUGAGACCAGCUACAACGGCUUCCCGGUCAUAACGUCCAGGGAGUCCCAGAGGCUGGUGGGGUUCGCCCUCCGAAGAGACCUGACGAUCGCAAUAGAAAGUGCCAGGAAGAAGCAGGAGGGCAUCGUGGGCAGCUCCCGCGUGUGUUUCGCACAGCACACGCCGUCGCUCCCGGCAGAGAGCCCUCGGCCCCUGAAGCUCCGCAGCAUCCUGGACAUGAGCCCGUUCACGGUCACGGACCACACGCCCAUGGAGAUCGUGGUGGACAUCUUCCGCAAGCUGGGGCUGCGGCAGUGCCUGGUCACCCACAGCGGGACUGUCUUGGGGAUCAUCACAAAGAAGAACAUGGUAGAGCACCUGGAGGAGCUGGCGCGGCGCACCGAGCCCCUGGCGCCUCCUUGGUAUCAUAACAAAAAAAGAUAUCCUCCGUCAUAUGGCCCAGACGGCAAACCAAGAUCCCGCUUCCAUCAUGUUCAACUGAGCGCCGCGCAGGAGCAGCGCGAGGGGGCGGAGGAGGAGGCCCGUCUGCUGGACAGCACAGCGCUCUGACCGGGCAUGGCCGCCUCGCUUUCCCCCUGAAGAAGGAAUACAAAGCCGGGCCUUUGCCGUGUGGUUCACAAAUACCGCGGUGGAACGGAGGAGCUCUUUGGGGAGGGAGAGGAGAGGGAAGCGGGCGAGGCCUCACCCCGUCCCCGGAGAGCAGCACGUCUCUCCUUUCUGAGCCGGAUGCUUGCGGCCCAGGCUCCGCGGACGGACAGGCCCAGUGCCUGGCCUGCCCUCCUGCAUCCCAACCUGCGCCCUUGGUCCCCGAUUCUGGGGGGAUUACUUUGAACUGAGCCAUCUCUAAGACUGCAGCGAAUUGCUCUUUUUUUAUCAAAACUGUUGAGUUUAACUCAUGACGUGUAGGGUUAGAGCAUUUCCUUUCUACAUUCCAGAGGAGCUUUUCUCCCCGCCCCCCCCAGCUGUAACAAAGCCUCUCUAACUUGGUGUACACCCUUUGAAGCAGUCCUUUCUCAUAUUGAGAUGUACUGUGACCUGACUGAGGUUUCAUCACAGGAAGGGCGUGUUUCUUGUGCCAUCACCCGCGUGGUCUACACAGCGCGAUGCUUGGAGCGUCAUCACACGCACCGCGGCAGGCUGACGGGACAGGGGCAGUCUGUUGAUGGAGACACGGAAUCUCUCGCUCAUGUGCUGCGUGUGGUUCAGUCAGCAGCGGUUUAGCCGGGCUUGUGAGGAUAAGCGGAGUCCGCUUACUCUUCCCCCUCUGGCUGGAUGGGUGAUGCGGCCUGGCCUCACGCGGGUCUCUGUCUGAGGCUCCCGUGACCACGCGUGCUGCGGAGCGUUGGGACGCGGGAUGCUGCUGCUUUGACGGCGAUGAGGAGGAGGAGUUCUGUGUAGCUGUACCUGGUAUGAAUUGCAUGUGUUAAACACUGGAAUUUUCUUUCUCUUGAAAUGAGAUCAGUCUUUUUUUUUUUCCUUGCCUCAAGGUAUUUUACUGCUGACACUGAAGAGGAAAAUGUACUUCAUAACUUGCACUAAAUGUAUAUUUCUUUCUUAAAAAUUUACCAUUCUUAUUUAUAUUUUUAUGGAUUAAAAUUUAUAAACUACAGAUCAGUUAGUAUCACACUUAAAUAAUUUUACCUUUUUAAUGUGAUUUUUAUAAACUAAUUCAGACUUACAAAUACUGAGAUAGGAACAAAAGUUUACGGUGGGAACAGGGGUUUCGGACGUGGUUGGAUGAUUUCUCUGUGAUCAGAUGUGCACAGAAACCUUGUUCUGAUCUUUCACUGCCAUCCCCUGGGUGGUCUUCUGACCUGUCCAUUUUGACUCAUUAACUGGGAGAAGCUGAAUCAUUACAAAUCAUUUUGCAGAUGAAAACCAAAAGUUAAAUAGUGUCAACCUUUAAAAAAAAAUCAAGUGAAAACAGUAGCACUGCAGAGGUAGCAGUGAAAACGUUGGUCUGAGCGGAGCCUUUGAAUCCUUGGGUAGGUCACGCUGUGUAUCCAGGGAUGCUUUCAAUCCACAGUGUACUUUUUUUCAGGAUGAACUGAAAAUAUACUGGGAUGUGUUUGGAAUUUUUGGUUUUGGAAAUACCUAUCUUCAUCAUGGUCUUAAUUCACUGUUGGACAAAGGCUUGAAGGACUGGCCUAAAAAUUCUGGAUUAUGCAUUUUUGGUAGCAAAAUGGAUUUUUGCAGACAUUUUCUGAAACACAACUGGCAAUGAGCUGUUUUUACAUUUGGAGGUGAUUCUUCACUUCCUCGUUCUUAAUAAUAAUAAUAGUGUAUCUGUAAGAUCUGUGAGAUCACAGAGGAUCUUUACGGUCUUGGAGAUUUAUCAGAUCAUGAAGCCAUAUUAGAAAGACAGCUGAAAGUCGAGUAAAAUUUUAGGGAUUUUGUGAAGCAUUCUUAGUUUGCUCGCUGCCUACGAUUAGUAUUCUGUCCCCGUUGCUCCCCUUUGGCCGACUGCCCGUUUUCUUCGUGGCCAUCCAGAGAGAAGUCCUUGCUGGGCGCUGGCCCUGUCUCCUCUGCACGAGAGGUGCGGCCGGAGUGCGGCCGGCGGCCCAGUGACGUCCCGCCCGCGGGGUCGUCUCCACGUGUGCUUUCCGAUUCCAGGUCCUCCUCUGGUCACUCCUGCUGCUUCAGACGCUGCCCUCUCGGGGUGGAGAGUCGGGCUGAUCUCCUUCUGGGUCUUUCUGUCCCUUGUCUUCCUGCUGAGACCCGGGAGGGGCCCAUCUGCAAAGCUCAGGGGCGUCUCCGGGUCGCUCUGUUUCACCUCUUGUCCUGCACUGAGGUGUGUCUGCCUUUCACUGCAGACCAUGAUGUGCGUGCCUGGCCCAGGGCGGCUCCCCAGCGGCCGGGCGGAGCGCCUCGUCUGCCCACCCUUCAGAGAAGGCGUCCUGAGAGUGGGUGAGGGUGUCGGCACCUCUCCUUCCUAACACUGUUUUCAGUUUGGUUCAUGGAGAAUGCAUAGUUUGUUCAUCUGUGAUGUUGCCUGGAGCUGUGUUUUCUGUUUUUAUUUACACUAGUGUAGUAGAGCUGCCUGUCAUCACGGUAAUAAUGGUUACUGUGGUGAGUCCAUCAGAAAACCUAUUAAACUCUGUACGACAA